UCUUUUCUUCCAAACCCAUUGCUCCAUUUUCAGUUCCCAAAAUCUCUCUCUCAUUAUCUUUCUCUCUCUCAUCAUGGAGCCAUUGUUGUUACUCUACGCAAUUCCAUUACUGUUUUUGGCACUAAAAAUAUGGAACCAUUUCGAUGCAAAAAGGGACCAACAAUGCUACAUUUUGGACUACCAAUGCUUCAAACCCACCGACGAUAGAAUGCUUGGCACUGAGCUUUGCCGUGACCUUAUGAGACGCACCAAAAAUCUCGGCCUUGAAGAGCUCAAAUUCCUCCUCAAAGCCGUCGUCAACUCCGGCAUUGGCGAGCAAACCUACGGCCCUCGAGUCGUCUUCUCCGGCAAAGAACAACGUCCUUCUCUCCUUGAUAGCAUCUCCGAAGUUGAAGAAUUUUUCCAUGACUCUCUCCUUAAGCUCUUCCAAAAAUCCGGUGUUUCCCCUUCUCAAAUCGAUCUCCUUGUCGUCAACGUCUCCAUGCUCUCCACUUCCCCGUCCCUCGCUUCCCGUAUCGUCAAUCGGUACAAAAUGAGAGAAGAUAUAAAAGUGUUCAAUCUAAGCGGAAUGGGAUGUAGUGCGAGCUUAAUAUCUGUGGACGUUGUAAGGAGAAUGUUCAAGUCAUACAAGAACUCAUACGCCAUUGUUGUCACCUCCGAGUCCCUCACUCCAAACUGGUACUCCGGUAACGACCGAUCCAUGAUACUGUCCAACUGUCUGUUCCGAUCCGGUGGCGCCGCCAUACUUUUGACCAACAAAAGGGAUUUGAGACACAAAUCCAUGUUUAAGCUCAAGUGUCUUGUCCGAACUCACCAUGGAGCUCUCGACGAGUCCUACGAUUGUUGCUAUCAAAAAGAAGAUGACCAAGGCAACCUAGGUUUUCAUUUGGGGAAGAGCCUCCCAAGGGCAGCUACUAGAGCAUUCACUGACAAUCUAAGAGAAAUCUCUCCCAAAAUCCUCCCAAUAACGGAGAUAUUCCGACUAACAAUCCUAACAAUAAUACACAAACUCUCCUCGGCCAGCUCCUCGAAGCCGCGGUGGGCAAAGCCAACGGCGAACUUCCGAAGCGGGGCGGAGCAUUUCUGCCUACACACGGGAGGAAAAGCAGUGAUAGAUGGGGUAGGAAAGAGCCUAAGCCUAACGGAGCAAGACCUCGAGCCAGCGAGAAUGACCCUUCACCGAUUCGGGAACACAUCGGCAAGUAGCCUAUGGUACGUUUUGGGGUACAUGGAGGCGAAGAAGAGGCUGAAGAAGGGAGAUAGGGUGUUGAUGAUAAGCUUUGGGGCAGGGUUUAAAUGCAAUAGUUGCUUGUGGGAAGUGGUGACAGAGUUGGGUGGUCGGAAGGGUAAUGUAUGGGAAGAUUGCAUUAAUGCCUAUCCGCCUGUGACUUUNGCUAACCCUUUCAUGGAAAGGUUUGGGUGGAUUCAGAAGGAAGAUGCAGCUUCAUUCAAGUCACUUUGACUCUCAACAAACUAUUAAAAAA